AUGCACGUCACGGCCUGUCCGCCGCCGCUCGCCGUCAUCCUCCUGCCUCGGAUCCUCGCCCUCGCCGGGACGGUGGCCCUGGGACGUCACGGCCGUCUCCCCGCCCCACCAGUGAAGCCCCGCCCCCCGUGGAACGUGACGUUUCUCUGGUCAGCCGAUGGCGAGUCCGUUUCCAUUUCCUGCCCCGGUCACGCCUACUCCGGCCUGGACUAUGAGGUGCAGCACCGCGACGCCUGGGACAGCGCCUGGCAGACGACUUCGGGUCCGCGCUGUGACAUCACGGUGGGCGGGCUCAACCCCGAGAUCUGCUACGACUUCCGGGUCAGGGCGAGGCCCCGGGAUUUCCACUACGGCACAGAGGCAAUGCCCAGCGAGUGGACAGGCGUGAUGUCACGUCGGGGGGCGGGGCCCCCGGCCUCCUGUGCCCCGGGCCCCGCCCCCGCGGUCCCAGCCCCGCCCUGGCCCCUCCCCCUGGCGUGCUGCCUGGCGGCCAUGAUGACGCUGGCGCUGCUCCUCAUCCUGCUGAGGCUGCGCAGAGUGAAGGCCGCACUGCUGCCCUGCGUCCCCGACCCCCGCGGCUCGUUCCCCGGCCUCUUCGAGUUGCAUCACGGGAACUUCCAGGCCCUGCCCCUCACCACGAAGCCACACCCCCAGGCCUGGAUCGCUGCGCAUGCGCAGGCCACCGCCCCGACGCUGAAGCCACAGGAGGAAGAGGAGGGCGAUGAUGUCAUCUGCCCCCAGAGCAAGUGGGCGCGGCCCGGCGAAGGCUCCGCCCCGUCGGGGGGCGCGGCCUGGACGCCUGCUGCGGUGGACGACAGCGGGUACAUGACCCUGUGACCCCGUGACCCCGCGACCCUGGAGAGAAAUAAAAAAGGGAAAAAAUAAGA